UGUCAAGAGCCAUUUGUUACCCGUGCGAUUGCUUAUCGUCGAAAUCAAUCUGAGCUGGAAGGUUGUCGGGCCAGACUAGAGAGCAAGGAUGCUGAGUUGCGAGAGUUACAGAUGGCUCUUAAAUUGAGAAACAACGAGGUUAGCGAGAUGGCUGUUAGAGUCGGAGUGGCAGAGAAAAAAUUAGAGAACGCAGGCAAAGGAAGUGAUGAGAAGAUUCGGCGCCUUGAACAACGCCUUGAACACGCUUUGGCUCAGCAGAAGAGGACAGAAAACAAUCUACUUAUUCCAGGUUCUUUCGAAGUCUUCUUCUUGCCCUGUUAG